UGUUCUCCUACAGAUUUCAGAAGAAAAGAAUAAAUAUCCUUCGGGGGGGAUAGCCUCCUGUGUUGUUUUAUAACAUUUUUGUUUAUAUACUGCUUACUUGUAAGUUACAGACAUUUCCCCAAUAAUCGGACUGUAUUAUAGUUUUUUUGUAUUUUCGUAGAGAACUGUUUUUUUUAUUUAAAUACAACACUACAUGUAGCAACAAUGCAUGAUGAUCGCUGAGGUUUUAUAAGCGAGACGCUCCUUUUUCAUUAAAAGUUGUUGCAUCUAUGAUCUCAUUAUGGCCACUCUGACGAGGCAGGACCUUAAUUUCGGGCAGGUUGUUGCUGACAUUCUGUGUGAGUUUCUGGAAGUGGCCAUUCACCUCAUUCUCUAUGUCAGAGAUGUCUAUCCAUCUGGGAUCUUUCAGAAAAGGAAGAAAUACAACGUACCUGUGCAGAUGUCAUGCCAUCCAGAUUUAAAUCAGUACAUUCAAGACACGCUGCAUUGUGUCAAGCCACUGAUAGAAAAAAAUGAGGCUGAGAAGGUUGUAGUGGUGAUCAUGGAUAAAGAGCACCAUCCUGUGGAGAGAUUUGUGUUUGAGAUCUCACAGCCUCCACUGCUGUCCAUCAACUCAGAGACUCUGCUGUCUCACGUGGAGCAGCUGCUGAGAGCCAUGAUCCUAAAGAUCAGUGUGUGUGACGCUGUCCUAGACAACAAUCCUCCAGGAUGCACAUUCACAGUGCUUGUACACACCAGGGAAGCUGCCACAAAAAACAUGGAGAAAGUUCAGGUCAUCAAGGAUUUUCCAUGGAUUGUAGCAGAUGAGCAGGAAGUUCACAUGGAAGAGGCAAAACUCAUUCCUCUAAAAACAAUGACUUCUGAUAUCCUCAAGAUGCAGCUCUAUGUUGAAGAAAAAACACAGAAAACUUGAUGCUGUGGAUCACAUGAAAGCAGCUGCGGGGUGUAACACAGUAAACAGGAACUGAUUUUUUGUUUUUGUUUUUUGCGUGAAAACAGGAUUGUUUACAUAUUUGGGUUUGGUAAUAUGAAGAAUAUUGAGCUGGACUGAGCUGAUCUUGUUAAGCAGUAUUAAUGUUUAUCACAAUGUCUGGUUGCUUAAGGUCUGUCAUGGAGCUGAAACUGUUUAAUUGUUUUAAACAGUUAAGUAAUCUUUCACUGCCUCUGCUUACCUCUGUCAUGAAUCCAUAUGUUGUUCUCAAAGUGUCUACAUUGUUGUUGUUGGGAGCACACAUAAAGUUUAAAAGAUUAAAGUUUUGAAACUGCUUUUACGUUAGAUUAAACGUGUGAUCAUUUGUUCAUCCUGUUAUUGUGAAAUUUCAUACUGGUUAUUACCUAACAUAAUAGAAAUAAACAAUUAUGUAAUCCAAACUUCCAAGGGCACACAUAACAGCCAUUAAGGACAACACCAGACAAAGAACCAGGGAAAACACGGGUUUAAAUACACAAGUCAACAAGCCUAACAAGGGGUUGGAGCCACUGAUCUAUAUAGAUCAGUGGUUGGAGCCAAUAAAUUACUAUGGUAAUUCAUCUUAAGUCAGGCCAUUCUCCACUUUGAAAACUUUGUUAUUUUUGACGUGGAACACAUUUGCUAGUGGAGAAAUUCAAACUGUUGAAAGGACAGUCUGGCACUUCUGACACACAGUCUCACAGCAGUGUAGCGUAUUGAUCAACCUAGCACAUCAAAGACAGACAGACAGACAGACCGCAGAAGUGAAGCCCUCCCUCCUUUCCCAGUUGUGUUUGUCUUGCUGUUGAGCUCUGUAAGAAAAAAGGACCGGCAAUGAUUCUGGUUCCCUGAUAUGUACAUAAGCUACACCUUCAUUCAUCCAUCAACAUUUCUACCUCUUGUUGUCAUCAAAAUUGUGUUUUGUAUGGCUACUUGUAAUAAUGCAGAAUAUGAGAUUAAUGGAGAGUGUUGCCCCAUGUGUGAUCCAGGAAAGCAAGUUAAGAACCAUUGUGAUGAGUACACAAGCACAACAUGUGAUUCAUGUCCUGCGUUGACCUACACUAAUGUUCCUAAUGGAUUCACAAAAUGUCUGCCGUGUUUUGUCUGUGAUUCAAGUAAUGGGUUGAGAGAAAAGCAGGCAUGUACAUCAAUAUCAGAUACAGUGUGUGAACCUCUUCCAGGUUAUUACUGUGUAGACUUGCUCUCCAACUGUAAAAAGGCCAUGAAACAUUCAACCUGCUCACCUGGGCAAUACAUCAACCAAACCGGAACAGAAUUGAGUGAUACAAUGUGUGAAGACUGUCCUGUUGGUUCAUAUUCAAAUGGUACAUUUUGCAAAUGGCAUACAAAGUGUGAAUCUCUUGGAAAAACAGUAGUCAAAGCAGGAACUGAUACGUCUGAUGUUGAAUGCAGUAAUGGAAGAUCCUAUUUCGGGUUUGUGAUUCUGUCGAGCGGAGUAUUUGUGGUGCUUUUCACAACUGCAUUUAUUAUAAAGAGAAAAAAUAAGCAUGUCAGUGGUGCUACUCAAGUUACACAAGUUACUUAAGUUUGGAACUGUACAGAACUAUUUCCCCCAACACAGUGUAAAUAGAAUGAAAUAUGUUUAUAAACUAACAAUUAAACUGAUCUGUCUGUGUUCAUUGACA